CUUUUAGAACAUCCAUAUCGAGCAAAAGUCAGAGCAUCCCCUGACAAAGAAGAGCCAACAGUUACGCUAGAAACAGUCGAUCCACUGAAAGCAAUUCAGGAACGAGAGCAGCAGUUACAACAAUCCGGUCGAAGGCUCACUCCAAUUGAGCAGCAGUUCGUUGACCUGGCAAAAAUCUCCACGGCAAAGGACGCUAUAAUUGACCAACAACGGAUAGAGAUGCGGAAAACAAACGAACUACUUCAGAAGGGGGAAAUUGAGAGCAAAACGAACCAAAACCGUUGUGAGGAGCUCGAGGCUCGACUUCGCGCGACGUUUAGACGACGAACUUGGCAUGUUGCGAAAGAUGGGCAGCGAGCAGGAAUAUCUUGGAGAC